UCACAGCUCCGUUCACAGCUCCGUUCACAGCUCCGUUCACAGCUCCAGUUCACAGCUUCAUGGACUUUCAGAUGCCAGAAGUCGAUUUCUCCAUGAACGUUGAGAUGCCGGAAGCCUCCAUGAACGUUGAGAUGCCAUCAUUCAGCCUGAACUUUGAAGGCCAAGAUGAAGUAAGUGUUGGUGUUACUGUUGUGUUAUUGUGGUGUUACUCUGCUAUUACUCUUGUUUCUUGCGUUUUAUUUAGUACCGUUGUGUGGCUUAGGCUUUAGUUUUAUCUCCAUGUAAACGUAGGUGUUCGAUGUAGUGUCUUUUGGAUGUUGUUCCACAGUGUGGUUUGUUAUCAUGAGGGUUUUUUUCUUUUCGUUAGUAUGGUUUAGGAAUUCUGCUUUUGUUUGUGUUACCUUUGUGUUAUUCUGGUGUUACUGUGGUGUUACUCCAUGUAAACAUAGGUGUUCACGUAUCACUGGAAGCUACUCUACAGCGAGGUUUGGUUUAGUUAUAGUUUUUUUUUUCGUUACUAUGGUAUUAGGCUUCAGGUUUAUUUGUAUUACCCUUGUGUUAUUCGUGUAUUACUGUGGUGUUACCGCAUGUAAACAUAGGUGUUUAUCUACUAUCUUUUGGGUGAUGUUCUACAGAGUGCUUUGGUAUUAUUAUGUUUAUUUUUUCGUUACUAUGGUUUUAGGCUUCUGUGUUAUUCUGGUGUUACUGUAGUGUUACUGUAGUGUUACUGCAUGUAGACGUAGGUGUUGAUGUAGUAUCCUUUGGGUGCUGUUCUACAGUGCAUUGGUAUUAUUAUAGUUUUUUUGUUUUACCCUUGUGUUAUUAUGGUGUUACUGAUAUCACCAUUGUUUUAUGCAGUCCUUUGAGGCAACACAAGUUUACAAUGAUCCUAUCGCAGAGAAGUUUCUUAGUAGCAUUAUUCACAGUGAGGAAGAAGCAUAUGAAAGCUAUCGUGCCUAUGCACAUCAUGUGGGAUUCACUGUUCGGAAGGAUCAUACCACCUACUGGCCGAACUCCAAGAAGCUCAAGGUUAAAGAUUACAUUUGUGGAAAAGCUGGCUAUAAGAAAGAGCCUAACAACACAGUUAAGUUCAGAAAAGCGGACACAAGGACUGGCUGUAAGGCCAUGGUACGAUUUCAUGUUGAUUUCGAAGGUAAUUGGAAAGUGGCAAAAUUCAUUGAAAAUCAUAACCAUCCUUUGGCCGACCGUGGUGAUAAGCAUCUUCUUCGUUCCAACAGAAGGAUAAGUGGGAUUAAUGCAGAUGUGUUGAGAUCCAUGACAGGAUCAGGCAUCAGAGCAACACACGCAUACAAUUUCAUUGCCACGGAAGUUGGUGGUGUGGAGAAUUUAGAGUGCACGAAGAGAGAUGCAUUUAAUUUUAUCCAGAGAGAAAGAAGAGAAAGAAUUGAACAGGGAGAUGUCAAUGCUUUAAUACAAUUGUUCAUGGAGAGGCAAUCUGGGGACAGCAUGUUUGCUUGGGAUUUCCAAACAGAUGAGUCUGGUAGGUUAACAAGCAUAUUUUGGAGUGAUGGAUUGUGCAGGUUGGAUUAUGACUGUUUCGGGGAUGUCAUAAUUUUUGAUACAAGCUACCGAUUAAAUAAAUAUAACUUAUGUUGCGCUCCAUUUGUGGGGGUUAACCACCACUGGCAGAACGUACUGUUUGGAGUUGGAUUUCUAUCUGACGAGACCACUGAAUCAUUCAUGUGGUUAUUCAAAUCAUUCAUUCGAAUAAUGGGAGACAAACAUCCCAUAACUAUCUUUACCGAUCAGGAUCAAGCAAUGGCAAGAGCCAUUGCAGAAUGCCUCCCACAGACACGUCAUAGAUUAUGUCAAUGGCAUAUCUACAAGAAACUACCUUCCAAAGUUCACUGUGGAGUGCGCACUAAGAGUGUGGCUGGUCUUUUCUAUAAAUGUUUGAGCAAGUGUGAUUCUGAGGAGGAGUUCGAAGAAACAUGGUCCUUAAUGAUUGAGUUUGGGGAACUUGAAAGCAAUGUUUGGUUAGAUGAAAUGUAUCGUAUAAGGCAUAAAUGGUCAACUGCAUUUAAUAAGGAUAUAUUCGGUAUGGGAAUUUUAUCAACACAGCGAAGUGAGUCGACCAACAAUGUUUGUCAUGGUGUUUCAAAGCCAACUAGCUCUCUCACAGAUUGUUUUAUCGGUCUUGAAAACAUUAUGAAAUCGUGGCGCAGGAGUGAGAAAGAUGAAGAUUUCAAAUGUGGUCAGUCCGUGAGGACACCCAUGGUUAAAAUCAAUCCCAUGCUGAGGCAAGCAUCCUCAUUCUAUACAAGGAAGCUUUACUCAAUGUUUGAACAAGAGCUCUUGAAUGGCUUAUGUGGGCUAACAUAUGAAGUAUCAGUGGAGAGCGAUGCUAAAUAUUAUGUAUCAAAAUUGGAUGAUGAGGGGACAAGGCAACCCUGGAAUGUGUUAGUUGACAAGGUGACUUGUGAGGUUACAUGUAGUUGCAAAAAGUUCGAGAUGAUGGGGUUGUUGUGCUCCCAUGCAUUAUUUGUUUUAAGUCUUGCAAAAAUAAAGGUGAUUCCAGAAAAAUAUUUCUUAUUGCGGUGGUCCAUCAAUGCUAAAAGGGACAUGUAUAACAGAUUCGGGUGCAAAGAGCUAAAAGACUCUGGAUGUAAUAAUGUUUCUUCAAGUUCCCUUAUAUUCAGUUCAUGCUCCCAAAAAUUUGCAUAUAAGCUCAUUAAUAGAGCACAAGGACAUGAGUUAGCUGAGGAGUGUCUGUGGGAAACUUUCAGAAAGUUAUCAGGAGAUAUUGAGGAUGCCAUAGCAGGGAGAACGAUAGAAUUACAUAAAACCAAAAAGAAGCAUAAACCCAGAAUAAUAGAGUGCAAUGUCAAUGACCCUGCUAAAAAAAGGCCGAAAGGAGUAUCUACAACGAGGCUGAAAGGACAUUGGGAGAGAAAUAAGAAAGCCAAAAGAAUGGAACAAGAAGCAGCAAGUAGCCGUCGAGCCGUGGACGCAUUCGAACAAAGCUUGACAGAUUGCCUUACUCAGGAAAACUAUGCAUCGCAACUAAGCCAAACAUACAGUGGACUUUUGAUGGAUUCCAUAAGUGAGACUUUAUAUUGAUUGAUAUUGUAAUAGCUGUUAUAGUGUAUCAGUUGUAAACGUUUUUACGAAAAGGUUAUUUGUUGUUUAUAAUUUGUGUUUGUCGAAAUAUUUGUAUAUCUA